AUGGCUCCUGAUGAGUUUGCUGGCAGAACUGCGGUGGCCUGUGUGAUCCUGGGCCUGUCGUUCCUGGUGGGGGUCCCGGGGAACCUGCUGGUGAUCUGGACCAUCCUGAGGCACGUCCAGCAGCGCUCCCACACCGUGGUGCUCAUCCUCAACCUGGCUGCUGCAGACCUGCUGGUGCUCAUCACCCUGCCUCUGUGGAUCUACUCCCUGGCCCGCUCCUGGGUGUUCGGGGAGGCCUCCUGUAAGGCCAUGGUGUAUGUCAUCAACGCCUGCAUGUACAGCAGUGUCUUCCUCAUCACCCUCAUGAGCGUUGAGCGCUUCGCCUCUGUGCGACACCCCUUUGCCUCAGCCGGCUGGAGGAGGAAGAAGGCCUUGAAUAAAGUUCUUCUUGUUCUGUGGGCUGCUGCGUUUCUAUUCAGCAUCCCGGUCUUUCCCACCCAGGUGGUGGAGGGGGACCCUGGGGAGGAGCAUUGCCUGUACAGGGAGUACACCUCAGAUGGCCAGGAGGCAGUGUGUGUUCUACUGGAGACCCUAGUGGGCUUUGCGGUCCCCUUAUGUAUUCUUGUGGUCUGCUACAGCUGUCUCUACAGCCGCAUCGCACAGAUGACCUUUAAGUCCAAGCGUAAGUCCACGGGCUUGAUUGCAAGCGUGGUAGUGGUGUUCGCAUUAUGCUGGACCCCUCACCAUGUGGGCAACGUGCUCUCCCUCGUCAUCCUCACCAUCAAGGGGUCCCACCGCGAGGUCGCAGCGCGUCUAGAGAGCGCCAGAACCACCAUGACCUUCAUCGCUGGAGCCCUCGUAUUCAUCAGUAGUUCGGUCAACCCUUUGCUUUAUGUGUUUGUGGCGCGUACAUUCCGGAGUUCCCUGAGGGAAACAGGGAUCCAGAAAUUGUUCUGGCACAUCUCAAGCACGGCCCCCAGAGAGGGGACUAAAGAACUGUCCUUUGUGACCAAGAGACCGAGCUUCUCUCAGACACAGAGCCACAGCUCCCAGUGUGUCACAGAGCCUAAGGAACAAAUGGAUGUACUUAUAAAUAUAUGUGAAAAUGGUUCAUCCUGAGUUUGAAUAUGAUGUGUAUCAUACAUUUUUGAUAAAGAUUUUUGUGUGUAAAUUACAAAGUUUGAUUUGUCACAUUGUUUCUAUAUGUUAAUUAACUUAAAAUGUAGAAUAACAAUUGUUAAUCAUGUUUAUGUCAAACAUAAUGCAUAUAAAAACCAUUUAAAUAAGUACUGUAUAUCAUUUUACCUGUAGUGAAUUUGAAUUAACAUUUGAAAUGAUACUUCAAGGUUUAACAAAUACGCGUUUUUCGAUGUAGGCCCACUGUGUUUGACCAAUUUUUUAGUUGUGAUAUAAUGCUCAUUUCAUGCUCAAAAUAAUGUUAUAUUCCAUGUGCCACAGAAGAAAGAGCUUUAUAGAAAAAAAGAACAUAUGUCACUGCAUAUGUUUGUCUGAAGCUAUGUGAUAUGAGUAUAAUGACUGAGUGUACUGUAUGUAUUCAGCUGCUUAUCUUGAGGCCAUGCCUCACUACAUUUAUUUUUGAUCCUCCUGAUCUGGAUGGAAUAUAUUUCAUCCACAGCUUUAGCCUUCAUGAUAAUGGCAACCACAGAUAUCAGCCUCUUGCUGUCAUACUGAACUUUACUACUGUCUUUAUACUGAUCAUUUAAUUGUUAUAGUUGAAGUCAAUGAACAUGUGUAUAUACCCUAGGUCAUAUUUGUGCGUUUAUUAAAUAAAAUAAUACUUAUUUUUAAAAAGAUCCCUUAAAAAAACGUGUUGAAAGUGUUACAAAGACCAUUACAAGUGUUACGAAAUUUAUCUUUCAGUCAGAAAGUAUGAAUCUGCUAGUUCUGUGGUUCUGGUCUACACCUAACAUCUGUUCUGCGACAGCACGAGUCAUGCUUUCAACUUCCCUCUCAUCUACGGAGAUUGCAACAUGAAAAUCUGCCUUGUGUCCCCUUUGACCACUGACGAAAAGAGGAAUCUUGUACGACUCUUUGGCACAAUCAUAUUAGAGAGAAAACCACAUUGUUUUUCUAGGGAGUUUCCUAUGUCAGCUAAAUCUAGUUAAAUAUUUUAUUCAAAUAGGGAUUUAUUUUAUUUACAUCAAUAUCAUACUAUUGAUUGUAAAUGAUGAUUCAUUAGUCCUUAUAGUCCAAUAGGUGGCAGUGUACCUAUUUUCCAAUGACUGUGGAAUUCUGACACAUUCACAAGACAUUGCCCUCUCUCUCCAUUUAAUAGCACAGUUUCUAUCUCACUUUUAAUUCAACUAUAAAUGAACCCGCCUAAAAUAUGUAUGUUAAGGUGUAAUUUCACUAUAUAUUAGGUAAGAUGUAAGAAGUUUUAUAUCGCGUUGACAGUCAAGAGGCUCCACAGUGUCUCUGCAUGUAUUCUUCUGAAGGAGUGAGUCACACAGCGUUUGGCUGGGCCUCAGACGGGUGCUCUGUCUCAUCCUGCUCCAGUAAGCCUGGCUCUAUUCAAUGUGUCACGCUGUCACUCAGACACACGUACACACACACAAGCGCCCACACACAUGCAGGCGCACACACACACACACACACAUGUAAUGGCUGCUCUAGCUUGCUGAGUGUAAGAAUUACUGGGCAGGGCAGGGCAGCUUGUGUCAACACAACCCAAUUACAGGACAACACUGCCUAAAUUGUUUUCACCUGCUCCUGUAGUGUGUACAAUUUGAAUGUAAGUGUCUCGCCCUGACUCAGAGGACGCUUAUAUGUUGAGUCAGGGUGUGUAUAUUCCUUGUUGUGAUUUUCUAUGUUUAGAUCUAGUAUGUCUAGAUCUAUGUUGGCCGGUGUGGUUCCCAAUCAGAGGCAGCUGUCGCUCGUUGUCUCUGAUUGGGGACAAUACUUAGGCAGCCUAUUGGUACUAGUGGGUUGUGGGAUCUUGUUCCGUGUGAGGUAUGUUGUUUGUGUACCGUGGACUUCAUGUGUCGUUAGUUUAUUCGUUUCAAAUAAACAUGCAUGCAUAUCACGCUGCGCCUUGGUCUGACCCGUUCAUCAACGAACUUGACAGUAAGGGGGUGGGGUGGUCUCCUUUACCCUCUGUAUAUUUGUGAAAAAUGAUAUUGCGGCACUGCCUCCAGUAAUCACAGCUGUGUGUAGUGGUGCUGGCUGCUGCCCCAGCAGGUGCUCCUGUCUUGUCUGAACCUAAGCCUAACCAAUCACAGUGGUUGUUGCAGCCAGCCUGGUCAGUCUAUGUGAGGAUGAGCCUGUGGCUCCUGUGGAGUUCACAGUUUCACUUCUGGUCUUCAUCACUGCUCUGGGGCCUGGGCUGCUGACUAAAAUCACACUGGUGUCACACUGA